GGGCGGCGACCGCGCUCCCCUUCCAGCCCAGAGUCCGGGGUAGGGAACUACAUUUCCCAGGGCCCCCGGCUGCCGGCGCAGGGAACUACAUUUCCCAGGGCACCCCGAGCCGCCGCUUGGUGACUUAUUGGCGGGGCGGCUCGCAAGACCCAGCGUGCUUGCGGGCCGGAGGGCCAUCCUGAGGAGGGGAAGGAUGCCGCCGGCCGUAGGCGGAGGCCUGGCAGGGUCUGAGCUGCGUCCCCGGAGGGGCCGCUGUGGGUCCCAGGCUGCUAGGGCCGUGGGCCCGGACGUGGCCACCGAAGCUACAACGCGGAGCCCCAAACGGCCUGCUCCGAGCUCGCGGCGCUUCGAGGCGCCCGGCCGGUGGGCUCUGCUGGCCCUGGUGACGCUGAUGUCCUUUGCCACCCGCUUCCACCGUCUGGACCAGCCGCCGCACAUCUGUUGGGAUGAAACUCACUUUGGAAAAAUGGGAAGUUACUAUAUCAACCGCACCUUUUUCUUUGAUGUGCACCCGCCUCUGGGAAAGAUGCUGAUAGGCCUUGCUGGCCACCUGACUGGAUAUGACGGCACCUUUUUGUUCCAGAAGCCUGGGGACGAAUAUGAGCAUCACAGCUACCUGGGAAUGAGAGGAUUCUGUGCGUUCCUCGGCGCUUUGCUGAUCCCCUUUGCCUACCUCACUGUACUGGAGCUGUCCCAGUCCCUCCCGGCAGCGCUGCUCACGGCUGCCCUCCUCACCUUUGACACAGGAUGCCUCACUCUGUCCCAGUACAUCCUCCUUGACCCCAUCUUGAUGUUCUUCAUCAUGGCUGCCAUGCUGAGCAUGGUCAAGUACAACUCCUGUGCCAACAGGCCCUUCUCUGCCCCCUGGUGGCUCUGGCUCAGCCUGACUGGCGUUAAUCUAGCUGGUGCUCUGGGGGUCAAGUUUGUUGGCCUCUUUAUCAUCCUGCAAGUGGGGUGGAACACCGUUUCAGACCUUUGGCACCUGUUUGGAGACCUCAGUCUUUCAAUGGUGACUGUGGGAAAACAUCUGACCGCUCGCAUCCUGUGCCUCAUAGUGCUGCCGCUGGCUCUCUACACGGCCACGUACGCUGUUCACUUCAUGGUGCUGAAUAAAAGUGGUCCUGGCGAUGGCUUCUUCAGUUCUGCCUUCCAGGCCCGGCUUUCAGGAAACAACCUUCACAAUGCUUCCAUCCCUGAACACCUGGCCUAUGGCUCUGUGAUCACCGUGAAGAGCGCGCGGAUGGCCGUCGGCUACCUCCACUCGCACGGGCACCUCUACCCCGAGGGCAUCGGCGCCCGCCAGCAGCAGGUCACCACCUAUUUGCACAAGGACUACAACAACCUGUGGAUUAUCAAGAAACAUAAUACAAAUUCAGAUCCCCUAGACCCUUCACUCCCUGUGGAGUUUGUAAGACAUGGAGAUGUCAUUCGACUAGAACACAAAGAGACUUCUCGGAACUUGCACAGUCACUAUCACGAGGCCCCCCUGACCCGGAAGCACUAUCAGGUCACAGGCUAUGGCAUAAAUGGGACAGGAGACUCAAAUGACUUCUGGAGGAUUGAGGUUGUAAACAGAAAAUUUGGAAACCGAAUCAAAGUGCUGAGAAGUCGAAUUCGCCUCAUCCAUCUGGUGACAGGUUGUGUCCUGGGCUCCUCGGGAAAGGUCCUGCCCAAGUGGGGCUGGGAGCAGUUGGAAGUCACCUGCACUCCAUACCUAAAGGAAACCCUCAACUCCAUCUGGAAUGUGGAAGACCAUAUCAAUCCCAAAUUGCCAAACAUCAGCCUGGACGUGCUGCAGCCCAGUUUUCCUGAGAUAAUGCUGGAGGCCCACAUGGUGAUGAUCCGGGGGAACAAUGGCCUCAAACCCAAAGACAACGAGUUCACGUCGAAACCCUGGCACUGGCCUAUCAACUAUCAGGGCCUGCGCUUCUCAGGGAUCAAUGACACCGACUUCCGAGUGUAUCUGCUCGGCAACCCGGUGGUUUGGUGGCUGAAUCUGCUGAGCAUCGCCCUCUACCUGCUCUCAGGGAGCAUCUUUGCUGUGGCUCUGCAGAGAGGGGCACGUCUGCCCACCGAGGUUGAAGGGCUGUCCCAGGUCCUGCUGCAAGGAGGCGGGCAGCUCCUGCUGGGCUGGAUGAUGCAUUACUUCCCGUUCUUCCUGAUGGGCCGGAUCCUCUACUUCCACCACUACUUCCCCGCCAUGCUCUUCUCCAGCAUGCUGACAGGCCUUCUGUGGGACACACUCCUGCGGCUCUGUGCCUGGAGCCUGGCCUCCUUUUCUCUGGCUGGGCACGUACACACACUGGGAAUCCUGAGCCUGCUCCUGGGAAUUGCCUACAGCUUCUACCUCUUCCAUCCUCUGGCGUAUGGGAUGGUUGGUCCGCUAGCCCAGGACCCCCGAAGUCCGAUGGCAGGACUAAGGUGGCUGGAAUCAUGGGACUUUUGAGGCCACUGCAAGGACUCCAGCCUGGGUCCAGGAACUUCCUGGGGACAGCCAGCUGUGGAGCCAGUCCCUGGACCCUCCCAGCUGUGGAGGAAGCUGCCUGAGGAGCCCGCGGAAUUCUGCCACCUGCCAGGACCACGCCCUGGGAGCAUACCCGGAGUGUAAGCCACUAGAGAGGGCCAUGGCUCUGCUCUAACCACAGCCAUUCCUCCGCUGGGGCUGGCUCAGCAACAGGCGACACAUCUCUCAGGCCCGUUUCCCCAAGUCUGCAGCAUGAGGAGGGAUGAGUGUGCAAGAGGGUGGGUGUGAGCGUGUGGGGGAGUGUGCGUGUGAGGGUGCGUGUGUCCGUAUACCUGCGGAAGCUAGACCGUGACUGUGGACAGCUGAGUGUCAUAAACUCUAAGAAGUCGUCCAGGGCUACAGUAGUAUUCUCUGGGGUUUUUUUCACACUGGAUUUGGUUUGUAAGAUUCAUCAAAAAUUCUCAGACCUCCAAGAAGACUGAAAGCACUGACCCCACCUUGGGAUGUCACCAAGGGCAGAGCAGAUGGUAUCGUCAUGGCUGUGCUGCCCUCCUUCCCACAAAUAAGCAAAUACAGCUGAGGCCCCUGAGCUGGAGGGCCCGCCUCCCAGCUGCUUCCCCACGUGGCUGCUGCCGGAAAGUCUCCUCCGUGGCCGCAGGCGGCUGGACUUCUGCCUGCGAUGUGCGCAGAGGACUGGGCCCCAGAGCGAGGCAUCUGAGGACUCACCAGCCCUGUUGGCCCUCCUCAGCCCUCGGUUCCUCGCUGUCUGAGAACGUCACAUCACGAGGUUGGUGGGAGGGGUGGCACCCUGUCCUUGGCUACUGUGUGUUCUCAGGCCCUGUGAGCCAGAGGUGAUUUCUGGCUGCCCAUCCCUUAUCCUCUGCGUCCAGCCUGACUGUGAGGGUGGGCCCGAUGCAUUCUCCUGAUUGCAGGGAGAGCCUUUGGGGCCCCUCUCUUAGCAGCUGAGGUGGAUGUGUGGCAGCGCAGGGAUGUGUAUGGUGCUGGGCUGGGGUCCCAGCAGGGCGUCGGGGUGUGGGCUGCCUUGGCCUUUCCGGGCUGGUGUUCCUGUCACUCUCUAAGCUUUCCCCAGUUUUACUUCUCUAGUCCUCCCCUGCUGACAGCCCCCCUCCCUUUCACUUCAUUUCAUUUCCCUUACUCUGUGUCACUGUCUCACCAAUCUCUUUUUCCCCAAAGACCCAGAGCACCUAGAAAUGCCUUGGAGCUUCUCCUCUCUACCACUCUGAAGCCCAAGCAGGAAGCUCAGAGCUGUUCCUUUUACUUCUUCCCCAUAUGAAAGAGAUAAAGAAAACCCUUGGGUUAGCACUGAACAAACCCAAGGCCAGUCCUUCAGCCGUCCUCCGUCCUCCCAGUGCAUGACAAAAUAUUAUUUUGUCUCAGAGAACUGUCAUGCUUCAAGGUUUAAUGAUGCAUCUCUGCCACCCUCCAUCUUGCCUCCUCUGUAGCCCCCACCAGCUCUGACAGGGUCAGAGCUCUUUAGAGCAUCUUUGCUAGGCGGUUGCCACGGAGACUGGAAAUUGGUCCCAAGGACAGGCUGCACUACGUACUGGGUGGUGGGGAGGGAAGCUUCUGGCCAUGCUCGGACGUUCAGACCAACCAUCAUUAAAGUUAAUAGAGGAAAUGCAGCAAUGUCAAAAGCAAGGCAGUUUCGUUAAUUAGAUCUGGGGCCUGAUGACCUCCCUUUCCCAGGGCUGCAGCCCUUUUGACUUCCCCCAGCAGGAAGCGCUGCCGGGUGCUGAGUCUGGGCUGCUUGCUUAAUUGAAUUUCUAGAAGGGAAGGAGAACUGGGAUGGAGAACCUCCCGCUCUCCCCUCCUCCUCCGCUUCUCCCUUUCUCUCCCCCAGGCCAAUUUCAUUUCUUCUGAGCUGGGUGGGGGCAGCCAUCUUGGUGGGCUCUCCUGGAGGUGGAAUCCAGGAACCUGUGCUUGGCUCUUAGCAAAGAACAACAGCCCCACGAUGACAACCGGAAGGUGGCUGAUGUUCCCUUGUGCCUUAUUUCCUAAUAGGAACUUGUUGGAAGGGAGGUGCUCUGAAGGCAGCCACUCUGAGUGAGGGUGAGGAAGGAGAAAGCUCAGCCGGCUUCCUGCCCAUCCCUCCCUCCUAAUUUGGCCACACUGGGGACAAAAGUUUCCUUUGUCUCUUACACUGCUUUCCAAAGAUGCAGAAGAACUGUCCGCCCACUCCCUCCUCUUCUUCCUUGCCCAGACUGGCAGACACUUCUCUGGGGACAAGGCCGCAUGGGUUGAUGCAGCUUCAGGUACUCAGGUUCUGUUGUUGGCAGAUGCUGAGGAGAGGGGCUGUCGUGGUGGUGCUCUGAAUAUGGGCUCCAGCCCCCAGGAGGAGGCAGAAUGUGACACGCCCCACAGACUUGCUGGCGGAGGAAGGAGACGUUUGUUAGCUCAACCUCCAGCCGGCUUCUUGAACCACAUUUUAUAUUAAAAAAAACUUUCCACAGAUAAUCAGAGGCCGUUUACUUUUGUAAUAAAUAGCGCUUAUUUUGAACGCCAUGUUGUUCUUGUUGUACUUAAUUGAACCUGACUUGCCCUCUGGCUCCCAGAAAGAAGAGAAGAAUGUUUUGAGUGCAGGAACCAUUCCAUUGUGUCUGGAGUCUAAGGCCGUUCCAAUUCCAGCAGAGGCCCGGGCUAGGCGGGCGAGCCUGAUCGCGCCAGGGAGCAUGUAGGCCCUCUCGUGGCUAAGGUUACUUGAGUAAUGUCGGUUGUUACUGUGAUUUAUUUAAACUUAUUCUAAAAUAAGUAGGAAGCUGGACCUUUUUCUCUUUUAACCUCCUCACACAAGUAUAGAAAGGAAUGAGAGAGAGUAACGGUUGUCCACUUCUGAGACAGCUGAGUGGCCCAGCAUGGUAGCAGCAAUGUCCAUUCUGCUUACAAAGAGGCCCCCAACUUUUUUGUUUUGUUUUGUUUUGGUUUGGUUUUUUUGUUUGUUUGGUUGGUUUUUGGCCGCACCAUGCGGCCUGCGGGAUCUUAGUUCCCUGACCAGGGAUCAAACCCGUGCCCCCUGCAUUGGAAGCACGGAGUCCUAGCCACUGGACCGCCAGGGAAGUCCUAGAGGCCCCCGUCUUGACAGGGGUCACCUGUUAUCAGGAGUCAUGUUAAGGGUCCAAAGGAGGUAAGAGCUGACAUGUUUUAGACAGAAGCUGAGGGAGGAGAGGAGUCCAUUGCACUGUGAAACUGGGGAUCUUCUGGGCUGUCUGACCAACCUCCUUCUUAGGACCGAGAGUAGCUGGAGGUAGAGAGGGGAUCGUGCAGAUCCUCAGGAGAUGGAACUGCCGCAGACAGGAAGGUUAGAGAAGGACCAAAUGCUUCUUGACGCACAGCUUAGUUUACCAGCUCAUGACGCGUCUGUGACACCGAAUCCUCAUAAAGGCCCAGUGAAGUCCGUGCUGUUUUUGUCCCCAUUCCACCCAGGAGAGAUUCAGUUAAUUGCCUGGUUAGUAAAUAGCAGAGCCAGGACUAGGUGCCGAGUCGGGCUUUUUCUCCUUCUCCAGCCUGGUCCUGGGACUAGGAGCGCCUGCCCAGGACAACCUGGAUCGCCUGCGGAAAAGGCUUAGAUCAGCACGUUCCUUUGUACCUUCUGCCUAAAGCAUUGACAGCUCAUCCAGGGCCCAGUGUUUCCUGGUGCACCCAGACCCUGAUUUGUAGUAUAUGCCAAUUUUCAUGGUGUAUAUACUCCUCCAUGGCCUCUUUCAGGCUACCAGCCUGAUGUUCCUGAAUGAGAAGCCGGAAAGGUGAGCACCGUUGGCUGUCACAAGCCAUCUGAGAGCCAGCUCUGACACACCUUUGACCCAGACCCAGUGAUCCGGGCUUGGUCUGAACUUUGGGCACAGCUCUUGGGCACAGUCCGUUAGAGUGAGGAAGGCAGUGGAGCACGGAGGCCCACUGGAGGGGCCAGGGUCAGUCCAGAGGUCAAAUCCUGGCCCUAGCACUGAUUAGCUACGUGACCUCGGGCCAGUUACUUAGCUUCAUUGCCUCCAUUUCCUCAACAGUAAAACAGGCUAUAAUAAAUAGGGUCUACUUCGCAGAGUUAUUAUGAGAAUGAAAAACGUUAUUAUGAGAAUGAUGCAAAGUCCCUUGCACAGUGUCUGGACAUGGAUGCCCAAUAAAGGCUAACCGUUUACUGUUGGUGAUAAGUCGGCCUCAGUGACAGCACUGGCUCUAGAACAGCACUUGAACCCUCUCCUCGAUUAGAACCUCCUGCCCAAGUUGUGGCCAGAUGCCAGGGAGGGGAGCUCUGGUGACUUUCCCCCAGCCCCUCAAAUGUGGAGUCAGACCCUCUGUCUCCUGGCUGGAAAACACCACGCUGACUGCUUAGACCCAGCCAGGUUCUUGGGCCUUUUCACUAAGGGGAGUAGAGACUGGAGUGCACUCAGCUCUCUCCUCCUACCUCCUGGCUCUAGAAAGGCAGAGUGAGUGCUGGCUUCACCACUUACUAGCUGAGGCCAUCAACUCAUUAACCUAUCAGACUCCAGACCCUGCCCAAAGGAGAAAACAGGCAGGGAGGGUCCUGAGUGUAGACUGUUGGCAGGAAGUGCAAACUGGGUGGCGUGGGAAGCCUUAGACAAGCCAGGUGGCCUGGAGCACUGGGCAUCUGGGCACUGAAAGGUAAAGGUCGCCAGAGAUAUACGUGGUUUUCUCCUGUGACCUGCUGACCUGGCUGCAGGGCCAUGGGACACCAACCUGGGAGUCCAAUCCCUGAGCACCCCGGCCUUCUCCCUUCAGCCCCCAGGCCCUUUGUGUUCUCACUUGGGGAUCUCCUGGACUCCUUAGGACACAAGCCAGGCUGCCUUACAGCUCUGCUCCCCUGCUCCAGCCCAGAGCCCCCUGAGAUGCGGGGAGGGAUGGGGAAGAGAGGAAUAGGGUCAUAUUCCUAUAUUAUUAGCUAAAUUCCUAAUAGCUCUAAACUCUCGAGUCCCCGGAAGAGGGAGGGCAGCGGGAUGGUCACCGGGCUCAGCUGGGAGCAAGAAAGAGGAGUUCUGCUGAGGCCCUCAGUCCUGACGGGGGACCAGCAGGAGAAGUUCUAGAAGGCAAAGAUUCAACACUUCAGGCCUAGCACAGGGUUGGGCACGGAGCCUCAGCCUGUUCGUGACCCAAGGCCCCAGCACACUCACCUUGUACCCAGGGACCGGAGGCGGGCUGAGAGGCUCCUGGAGACCUCUCUCCCAACCCCUCCAUACAGCUUAGGAAACGGAAAAAGAGAGGUGGGCAGACUGAGAGGAGACAGGCUCAGAGACUUGACAUAAUGAAAGGUAAAUGAGGGUCUUGCUCUUCAAAACCUGGGCCACUGGAACUGGGCUGGGGCCUGAGGAACUUUCAUGCUUGAAAGAGAAAGGUUUAGGACUUCCCCGGUGGCGCAGUGGUUAAGACUCUGCCUGCCAGUGCAGGGGACACGCGUUCGAGCCCUGGUCCGAGAAGAUCCCACAUGCCGUGGAGCAACUAAGCCCGUGCGCCACAACUACUGAGCCUGCGCUCUAGAGCCCACGAGCCACAACUACUGAGCACACGUGCCACAACUACUGAAGCCUGCACGUGUAGAUCCCAUGCUCUGCAACAAGAGAAGCCACUGUUGUGAGAAGCCCAUGCACUGCAACGAAGAGUAGGCCCUGCUUGCCGCAACUACAGAAAGCCCGUGUGCAGCAACGAAAACCCAAUGCAGCCAAAAUAAAUAAAUAAAUUUAUAUUUUAAAAAAAAGAAAGAGGUUUAGGUCUAAUUGACUU